UCAUAUCCCCUCGACCAAUGGCUCGGUCCGUGUGAGUCAUGUGACCCGCGGCGCAGCAGAUUUGAAUUAGUCGGGAGCCUCAGUGUGUUUUCGUGUCGCAGUUUGACUUGUCUGAUCCGGACCACUACGUUUCCCACAGAGAAGCACCAGCCGCGGGAUGGACUGUCGCGCUAACGUCGAUCUGUUCUUUCUGCCAGAUGAGACGCUGGACUUCGAUGUUUCUCUGUCACCUGCCAGCUUUAAAGGUGAUGAAGAUGAGGAUGAGGUUUUCUUAGGUCCGGUUAGCCAUAAAGAGAAGUGUGUUUCGGUUAACGUGGCAUCACAUCUCGAGGACCUCGACAGUGGUGUGCAGGUGAGCCUCAGCCCGCUGACUGAAGAUCAGCUGGAGUCUGUGUGUCAGGAAGCACUCAAACUAGCCACCCAGCUGCAGAACAGCGAGCUGAGGCAGCCGCACCAUGAGGAUGCCGAGACCACCAAGAUGACCACAGACAACACUACCACCCACAGAGAGGAGUUCGUCCAGGACACAGAGGCCAAACUGGACAUGCUCAGUAAGACUGCCAGAGCACUAAGCCCCAUCAAACGCCAGACCUUCUGCGUGCAGGACAGUCCCAUGAAGGAGCUGCCCCCUGCUGUCCAGCAUCGCCUGCUGAGAGGAAGCUGCGCCAACACAGCCCAUAGUGUUCCCACCAACAAACCAUCAUCCACCCGCCACACCUCGAUCAAUGCAGCUUUAUCCAACCGUCCUGCCUCUACAGCAUUGUCCAACCGCCCUUCCUCUACAGCAUCAUCAACUCGUCCAACUACCAGACUCAGCACCUCCAGUCCCGUUGCUGUGGCCAAGGCUCAACCAAGGAUGGCACUGCGAGGGAAGGUUGCACUGGGCGUUGGUGUCGUGCUGCCAAGCAAACCAGCCGCCCCACAAUCUUCCUGUUCAGCCAGCAAGAGCAGAGCGGAGAAGACCAGACUGCAACCACCGAGCAAAGUGGUGGGGGGUCGAAGGCGGAGCCCGUCCUCCCGUCCCUCCAGCAGGGCAGAGUCUUACGAGGAUCUGCUCUCCGAUUCGGCGAGCGUGGCCUCUGACCUCAGCGACUCAUCCCUCAACUCCAGCCUGCUGGGAAAACGCUCAUUGGCUCCGCCCACAAAGAAUGUUGUGAGGAAGCUGUCAGGAGUGAAAGCUCCACCACUUCAGAACAGGAGGGUGACAGACAGGAAGAACACGUCGUCAUCCUCAUCUUCAGUUUCCAGCUUCAACUCCAGUUUGUCUGUGUCCCCUGCUAAAGGUAAACUAAACUCAUCUCUGAACCGGAGUCUAAGCAGCACCACUGCCCCGGCUCCCACCAGCAUCAACAGACUGGCAAAUCCCAGCAAACCACGUCGCUCCACUGUCUAUGCCACCGCACAGCCAACGUCCUCCACCACUGGAGGCCGGCGCUCGCUGUCCAUGAUGGGGAGGAAGCUGUCUGAGGUAGAGCCCAUCAAAGCAGUCAGGUCCACGCCACUGAAGAGAGCUGAGGCCACGCCCCUCCAGCUGACACCAGCCAAGAGAGUGUUUCAGAGGACCACCUCCGUCCCCCCCACCGCCUUUGUCCGCCCGCAAAGUGGAUUGAAACCCAAACCUGAGGCUCAGGUGGUACCAACACCCAACGGAGGAGUGAGAGGAGUCCACCAAGGAGAUGGCGUCUCAAAGAUGCUGAAGCCAAAGAGACUGGUGUCAGUGAGCGGCACGGAAAGUCUUCCUCAGAAGCCUACUGCAGGUCCUCUGACGCCCUCUGCUGGGGGAUGCAAGUCUCUGCAGAUGAAGGCGCGUCGUCCCUCUGCCCUUCCCACCCCAGUGAGGCACAGGAUGUCUGCUAUUCCCACACCCACGCCAACCAAGACCAGGCAUGCCGAGCCACCGCCCACCUCUAAUGCCAACACCGCCCCCAGCGCUACCAGGAUGGAAAGCAGCUGCAGCCCUGUCCCUGCGGAUUUACAGGAGGAGCAGCCUGGUGAUGCCCCAGAUAUUCAACCCUUCUGUCUGGAGGAGGAACAGCCCCCCGAUGCACCACCCUGCAGUGCUCCACAGCCUGAACAGUCAGAGAGCACGGAGCCUGACACAGAGAAUCAGGUCCAAUCAGAGCCCAUUAAAAACCUGAUCGAACUGGGGACUGCAGAGGAAAGCAACGUCAAAGCACAGGAGGUUCUCCUGUUGGAUCUUCCAGCUCCAACACUGCAGCCUCAAGAGAAACUGCUUAUCGACCUGACCAACACCCCUGACCUGAUCAGGACAACUGGCAAGACCUGCACCACAAAUCAGCAGCUGAUCGACCUGAGCUCUCCGCUCAUCAAGUGGAGUCCAGAAGAUAAGACGAACAACGCUCCGCUCAUCAACCUCUCAUUCUGAUCAACCUCCUCCUGGACACCUGGACCUGCUGGCCUCUGCAGUAAACUGGACUCAACAGGUUUCUGUCUCCAGAAACUCUGAUGAUGAUCCAGUUAAGAUAGCAACAACGUUUUAAAUCAGUGACAUCUUUACUGAAUAUUAUGUUUUAAAUUAUGAAAAUAUUCAGAGGAUGCUGAAGUUUUCUGCACCUGACUGUACUUUUCAUUGUCUCUGUCUUGCUGCUCUUAUUAAUGUUUGAAUAAAUGUUGUUCUUGUCAGUACUGUAAA